UGUGACAAAUGCUUGGUGCCUUUUUCCUCGCUGAGAAAGGCUGCGGAUGACCCGUGCGAGUGUGGGGCGACGCUUUCGAGCUGUGCUGCCCGACUGAGCGGCCUUCUUCAAAUUUGAAAGGAGGAAACGCUGGAGGGUCUGUCUGGCCACCUUGUGAUUUGUCAGGCUGUCUUGAGCGUUCAGAAACGCGCCUGUGUUUUUUAUGGUUUCUGGUAAAGGGUUGUGUUUCUCGGCUUCUCUACGAGCGAAAGUUAAUCUUGGCUCCCGUUACACGGUUUAGAAUAAUCACUAAAUUCCAGAAAAGUUGUCCCUGUUUUCUGAAAUUGAAUGUAAAUGCCAGUGAGCUGUGUGAGUCUGCAGAAGUUUGGUGACAAGGCUGGAGAAGCUUUGCUACGUUACAGAGUCAGUUUUUUCCUCCUGUUCGAUAGUCAACCAGAACAAUGUUCUACGCACAUUUUGUCCUCAGUAAAAGAGGGCCUCUGGCCAAAAUUUGGCUAGCGGCCCAUUGGGAUAAGAAGCUCACCAAAGCCCAUGUGUUUGAGUGUAAUUUAGAGAGCAGUGUGGAGAGUAUCAUCUCACCUAAGGUAAAGAUGGCACUUCGAACAUCAGGACAUCUCUUACUGGGAGUAGUUCGAAUCUAUCACAGAAAAGCCAAAUACCUCCUUGCAGACUGUAAUGAAGCAUUCAUUAAGAUAAAGAUGGCUUUUCGGCCAGGUGUUGUUGACCUGCCUGAGGAAAACCGAGAAGCUGCCUACAAUGCUAUUACCUUACCUGAAGAAUUUCAUGACUUUGAUCAGCCACUGCCUGACUUAGAUGACAUCGAUGUAGCCCAGCAGUUCAGCCUGAACCAGAGUAGAGUGGAAGAGAUAACCAUGAGAGAAGAAGUUGGGAACAUCAGUAUCCUACAAGAAAAUGAUUUUGGUGACUUUGGAAUGGAUGACCGUGAGAUAAUGAGAGAAGGCAGUGCUUUUGAGGAUGACGACAUGUUGGUCAGCACUAGUGCUUCUAACCUCCUGUUAGAGCCCGAACAGAGCACCAGCAAUCUGAAUGAGAAAAUUAACCAUCUAGAAUAUGAAGACCAGUAUAAGGAUGACAAUUUCGGAGAAGGAAAUGAUGGUGGCAUAUUAGAUGACAAACUCAUUAGCAAUAAUGAUGGCGGCAUCUUCGAUGACCCCCCUGCGCUGUCGGAGACGGGGGUGAUGCUGCCGGAGCAGCCGGCGCACGAUGACAUGGACGAGGACGAUAACGUGUCAAUGGGUGGCCCUGAUAGUCCCGAUUCAGUGGACCCUGUCGAACCACUGCCAACUAUGACUGAUCAGACAACACUUGUUCCCAAUGAAGAAGAAGCCUUUGCUUUGGAACCGAUUGAUAUCACUGUCAAAGAAACAAAAGCCAAGAGGAAGAGGAAGCUAAUUGUUGACAGCGUCAAAGAGUUGGAUAGCAAGACCAUUAGAGCCCAACUUAGUGAUUAUUCUGACAUUGUUACAACUUUGGAUCUGGCACCACCCACCAAGAAAUUGAUGAUGUGGAAAGAGACAGGAGGAGUGGAAAAACUGUUCUCUUUACCUGCCCAGCCUUUGUGGAAUAACAGACUACUGAAGCUCUUUACACGCUGUCUUACACCUCUAGUUCCAGAAGAUCUUAGAAAAAGGAGGAAAGGAGGAGAGGCUGAUAAUUUGGAUGAAUUCCUCAAAGAAUUUGAAAAUCCAGAGGUUCCCAGAGAGGACCAGCAACAGCAACACCAGCAGCGUGAUGUUAUCGAUGAGCCCAUUUUGGAAGAGCCAAGCCGCCUCCAGGAGUCAGUGAUGGAGACCAGCAGAACAAACUUGGAUGAGUCAGCCAUGCCCCCACCACCACCUCAGGGAGUUAAGCGAAAAGCAGGACAAAUUGACCCAGAGCCUGUGAUCCCUCCUCAGCAGGUAGAGCAGAUGGAAAUCCCGCCUGUAGAGCUGCCCCCAGAAGAGCCUCCAAACAUCUGUCAGUUAAUCCCUGAGCUGGACCUUCUGCCAGAGAAGGAGAAGGAGAAAGAGAAGGAGAAGGAGGAGGAGGAGGAGGAGGAGGAUGAAGAUGCUUCUGGUGGUGAUCAAGAUCAAGAAGAAAGAAGAUGGAACAAAAGGACUCAGCAGAUGCUGCAUGGUCUUCAGCGAGCUCUUGCUAAAACUGGAGCUGAAUCUAUCAGUUUGCUUGAGUUAUGUCGAAACACGAACAGAAAGCAAGCUGCAGCAAAGUUCUACAGUUUCUUGGUUCUUAAAAAGCAGCAAGCUAUUGAGCUGACACAGGAAGAACCGUACAGUGACAUCAUCGCAACACCUGGACCAAGGUUCCACAUUAUUUGAGCAGCUUAGAAGCAUUGUAGCUAGUGUUCAUUUCACUAGUGUGUACAAAUUGCCCCCAUGUGUAGGGCACACAAACCCUUUAAGAAAAUUCAGAUUUUUGUCUGUACAAAGUCUCUGCCUUUUUCUUCAUUUUUUCCAGUAUUUUAAAUUUAUCAGUUUCAUCUUUAAGGGAAACUGCUUGUAUGGAUUGUGUUUGUAUUCUGAUGGAGAAAACAAGCACCCCAAGGACCAGAAGGUUAUUUUAACAGUUCAGAACAUAUGUGUUCAAUAUUGGCACAUGCAAUAAUGUUGAGUAGCAGUCAAAAGUCAGGAUUUUUAGCUUUGUUCUCCAUUACUGCAUUGGAAAGGAAAACUUGUCAGGAAAAAUGUCUGACCAUUUAAGAACUAGGGUGUGAGUCUUAGAAAGAAAUUGUCUUUUCCCAUCAGUAACACUGGCAGUCUUCUUGGUAACCAUUGUUCUUAGUGAUGGUGCCCAAAACAGAGAUUGUCCUCGAGAUACAUAAACUAUAAUUCCAUGAUGACCAAGGGGGUGUGGGAAAUUGUGUUGUAACUCAUCCCCUUCAGCUACAAAUGAUAGGACUUGGUUUAAAGUGUUCUAUUUUAUAAAUCAUUCCAUGAAUAUUUUUAAUGAACCUUAACUAUCCUGAAAUCCGUUGUUUUAGUGAGGCUCUAAAAUGAGCAGAAAUAGACUUUUUAGAGUAGAAUGAAUUUAAACAUUUAUAAUUUUCCAGGAGCUAUAAAUCAAAGUUUUAAAAAGAUGUUUGGGUAUAUUUGAGUAUUCAGAUCAUGAAACUAGAAAUUGCUGUGCCAGCUAAAAGGAGGGCAGACUGAUGGGAAAUCAUACACCUGGUUGACUUAACCUGUAGCAGACAAUGCUGUAAAAACUAUGGCUUCUCUGAUAUUUAUUAUAAGUUUUAUUACUGACCUCUCUUUCCAACGCUGCACAUACUGUGUUUGGAACUUCAGUAGCUUUGCAACAAAUCCUAUAUCCGGUUUCCUAUAAUUUAAGUGAAGAAAAACAUCCAAAUAAAGGCUUUAUAAUUAACAGACCAGAUAGCACCAGAAAUUAUGUGACUUAUGAUUAUCAAAAUGUCUUAACUUUUUAGGGCCGAAUUACACUGAGAGUUCUAGCUUAAGUGUUGGCACUUUUGUGGAAAAAAAAAAUCACGUUCAAAACUCAGACUUCAGUGUAUAUCCAAUAAUUUAAAAUUAAGUGAAAUGUUUUAAAUUUGUGAACACGUAAUUACUGUUUUAAUGAUUCAUUUUCUUGAGAAUGGUAAUUGUAUAAAAUUGCUAUUGCAGCUUUAUUUUCACUAUAAUGUGCCUGUAAGCCAUUGAUUUUUCCCCCUUUGUAAAAAGACAUUGUAGAUAAUUGAAUGUUUGAUUAUAGAAAGGUCAUUAGUUUCUUGUUACACAUUUUGUUAGUCUGGUUUUUGUUGCUUAUUGGGUUUAAUAUUGUUCUUGAAAAUAGUUGAUGCUAUGUUAUGUAUAACUUUUCUAAUAAAAGUUAUGUUAUAAGCUGUAAAAAAA